GGCAGCAGGUUCGGCAAGGUGGUGACUUUCUGUGCAAUUUUUGUCUAUUUUAUCUCGAUUCCGAGGAGUAAUAUCGUUUCAAUCCGUAAUCUAUAAGUUUUAGGUCUGAAGUGAUGUUUGAGAGUUACAUUUUGUGAGUUGUGUUCGUGCAGCUAAUCGCGUGCCGCGUCGGUUUGCGUCACGCGCAGAAAAUGCCACGCGCUGCUUUCGAUUUUGCUUUGCGUAUGCAAGCAAAUGUCAAUUUCGUGUCUUGCGUUAGUUAACGAUUUUCUCUGAAGAUCCAUCAGUUAGUCAAUGCAUUAGCCGAAGCAGUCAAGUAUUGAGAAUCGAAACCUGUGCGAUCUAAACAUCGAAAGCUUUCCUUGACAUAAUAAUGGCAAAUGAAACACCACCUGGUCAAACUUUUUCCUCGAAUGAGGCAGCGUUACCAGUCGAAGAAAGGGCGCCCUUAAAGAGGAAGUCCGACGAAAUCUUGGGCAAUGAUCAAAAGAGACGGCAGCGCAGCGAGGAGUCGUCGAUUGUGGAACAAGAUCGGAGAGUUAUUAUUAGUGAGUUGUUUGAUACUUUUGGACUGUAUAUAGCUGUAUGUGAACCAAAACAGUAAUAGCAUUGAAGGCUGGUUUGUAGAUGUUGAAGUUCAAAUUUAUCCUUUGUCCGCAUUUAAUUUUCCUAUCCUUCAUCUCAAUCUCACUAUUAUUGGGAGGAUUGGUAAAAGAACCAAGUAUUUUUCUCUGAUAAUCUUUUCUCUUGUUUAUGUAUAGAUAUUGUCAGGAGAAAAUUCAUGUUGAUCACUCUUGAGUCAAGAGCUUCCUUAAAAUCUGAUAUCUUGUUUCCCUCUGUGUGAUAUUCUGAUUAAGUUUCCUUUUUCAUUGGACAAUUUAGAGACUUUUCCUCUUAUGUUAACUGUUAUCUUCUUAGUGAAAGGUAGUCUCCCAAAGCUGGCUCUACCAGAUGGCUGGAUAGCACUGAACCAUCGCAGUGGUGGAAUUGUCUACCUUCAUAAACCAACACGAGUGUGUACUUGGUCCCGCCCCUAUCACAUUGGUGGAGGAAGUGUCAGGGUAUUGUGAUUCAUUAUUAUUAAUUUUAUUACAUCAUUAUUAUUAUCUUUAUCUUUAUCUUUAUCAUCAUCAUCAUCAUCAUCAUUAUUAUCAUUGUCGUUUUCAUUAUCAUUAUCACCAUUAUAAUGUUAAUAAUGUUAUUAUGAUCAACUUUAUUUCCAGUUUUUAAUCCAGGCUUCAAGUUGUAUUUUCUUACAUUCUAGAAACCUUUGAUAUAAUUAUUGAAAGGAAACCUUAUUUAAAUUACUUAAAAUUUUGUUGUUGUUUUAAAAUGAAUUUCAUGAUUUGAAAUAUACAGGUAAUCUAAUUUAAAAAAUGUCAUUUAACAUUAUUCUAGUUAUUAUUUAAACAAGCUUUAAGGACAGAAAAACAUCAUGACAAAUUAUGAUAAGUUUUCCUUUUUGUGAAAUAUGUGAUGUAUUUUGCUUGAAAAGUAAUUAUUAUAUUCUUGACCAUUUCACGGGUUUUUAGUAAGCUGGUUUCUUAGCAAACCAUGCACAGCAUUUGAUUGCUUUCUUAAACCAUUGAAAUAUGCAUUCAUAAUUUAUUUCUUUAAGUAACCUUAUUACUGUAUAACCAGUUUUUCCACAUUAUAGUCCUUAAAGACAGCUUAAUAUAAUUUCACUGUACAGCUCAAUGGCUGCUCCAUAGUCAUAAUGAAUCUGUUGAAAAGUGAUCUUGGGAAUCUGUUUUGAUCUAAUAAUAUUGAGGCUUAAUUAUUUCAUGUACCAAUGAUAAAAAUAAAAUUAGUGAUGAUAUUAAACAUAAAAUUAAAUCUGUAUAUAUCUUAAUGAUCACCCACCUUUCACUUUUCUGCAUCUUGCGCUUGCCUUAAAACUGUCCCCGGUUGGCCUUUAAUGCCCACAGGAGGCAAUUUUUGUCACAUGCAAGGAGCUAAUAUAAAGUGAAGUGGGAUGAGUGAGUUAUGUUAGUGCAGUAAGACAGCUGAAGAUAGUUCUGAGACAGGACAGUAUAAUUUAUCAUUGCUUCAGCCAAAAGCACUCAUGGUUUGCCUGGGCCUUGAAAAGUCCUUGAAAAAGCAGCACGUCCUUGAAAAGUCCUUGAAAAUCGAAAAAUUGUGGGAUAUCCGUGGAAAGCCCUUGAAUUUUUCUCAAAAGUCUUCGAAUAUUUUUGAAAGCUCCUUGAAUAAAAAUAGCCUUUGUUUAAAAAAAGUGUUUUGUGCAAAGAAAAGAUUAAAUGCACAGCAGUAUGCAAAUUUUCUUGGUGAUCAGGUCAGUGUUAGAUCUACUGUACCAGGGAGCCCAGCUUCCUGGGAAGCAGAUUAGAGCCAAUCCAGGAUUAAACUUUUGGUGUGAUUGUAUUAAAUCUUCCAAUAGAUUGUCUUAAAAAUAAUUAAUUUUGUGUCGUCAUGUCUGGAUCUUAUAUUACGCUCCAGUUACAUGUCCCACGUAGUCAAGAAAACAGGGCUUAAAAUUUGGCUUAACGCUGGGUUAAACUGUCUUUUGAGGAAAAAGGCCCGGUGUCCAGUUAAGAAGAGGUUAUGGUGUAAAGUUAGUUUUGUUUGGACCUGUAAAUUAAGUAUUCUCAUCCUGUGCUUAUUUAUUAAAUACUCUGCAAUGUAGGUGUUCUUCUAGACAUUUCCUCUUGGGUACCUUGUGAAUUCCAGGUACAAUAAUAACCUUUGGGUGCAAUUUCAUAGUGAGGUUGUGGCAGGGGGGUUGUGUAAGCCUCCUUCACAGAUUGUUAGUGGGACUUCUUCAAGCAAAGCAAAGCAAAGCCUUAAGAAUAUGAUAAUGCAUAACACACUAGGAGAGUUGAUGUCUGUCGUGUUAUGACUUGUACAAUACAUGUACUCUUUGCUUGUUCCACCAACAUUGUCUGUAGGUAUAGUUGCUAUUCAGGGGUCAUUAGUAGCCCUAUUUUAGCCGGCUACUGCAUUAUAACAACCCUGCCACUUUUAAAUUUGAAAGUGAGUCAAGCAAAACAAAUAUAGGAGGAUUUGUGUGAUAAAUGACCAGCUACUUAAAACCUUAAUGACAGCCCUCAUGAUAAUUAGAUAAAUAACUAAGUACCAUCAACAUUUCAGAAACAUGAUGUGCCGUUAGCUUCCAUUCCAUGCUUUCACCAAAAAAAAGGAAUGGCUUUAGAGGAAGCAGAAGCCAAAGGUGGAAAUGAAGAGAAGGACAGCUUUCUGUCAAAGCAAGGAGCCUCAAUUUUGAAUGCACUAAAUAUGAGCGAGAUGAAUAGUGAUGAUGGGACACCAAAGGAGGAUGCUGAUAUUGAGAAAGCACACCAUGUUGAGGGGCAGGAAAGAAAUGGACUGGAUGUGAUCAUGAGCCUUGCCAAUUCAGAUGGUGUGACAGAAAGUAUUGAGGCGACCAGUGUGGAGAUGGAUGAUGUGACACAAAAGGAUGGCGUGACAAAGAAAAGUGAUUUGGAAACACAACACUCACAAGUUGUAGAGGAUUGUAGCUCUUCUAAACAGCAGGAAGGUUUGGGAAAUGAGACAUCUAUGAAACCGGAAAAACUUAUUGAAGAGAGCAAUGGACCUCCUUUGGAUCUAGUAGAUGCUAAAGAGCUGGGAUCAUAUCUUUCAAGUUUAUGGGAAUUUCAACCUCUCACUUCGGACCAAGAAAAGAAUGCUGUCAACUUCCAGCCACAAGUUUCUGAUGACCUUGAACUGCCAGCUUCUUUAGAAUGUCAACCAUACGCACUGAAAGGUCCAGACAAUUCCAAGCAAUCAGGCAAAGACCUAUUACUAAAUCCUGGAGGCAAAACUCCAGUAGCACUUUUACAUGAAUACUGUCAACGAACUUUCAAAACUAAACCAGUUUAUCUAUCCAGUGAAUGCGAGAGCGCACAAACACCAUUUAUGGCUGAAGUUCAGAUAGAUGGAAUCAAGUAUGGAAUUGGAACAGGAUCAAACAAGAAAGUAGCAAAACAGGUUGCUGCUGAGGCAACACUAGAAGUGUUGAUGCCUGGAGUUUUCAACAAAGUGCGUGAUUACCAGAUAUCAAAAGCUGAACUAGAGGUAGGAAAAAAUCAUCAGUAAGAAUCAUCAGUAAAAAAAUCUUUUCAGGUAGUUUUCUUAUCGUUUUAUGAUAAUUUGAUUUUUCCUACUUUGAUUGACUAUCUUAAGUAACUGGUGUCUCAAUUCGUUAAAUUCAAUAAUGUUUGAAUCUUUAUUUACCAUUUCUAUUUAUACCCACUGUAAUAAUAUCAAGUGAAGGCCUCACAAAACUGGGCAAUGAAAAAAUCACUACUCAAUGUAUUAGCCAUUUUAGAUUUUUUUUGUAAGGCACACAAGAAACCUCAAAUGAUAUUAGAGAGUUUUAGCUUCAUGUAUACUUCAAACGGCAAAUAAGAAUUUUUAUCACAUGACUAAGUUUUCCCGUUAAUUUUAGAACUUUACUGUUCAUUAUUUCUACACAUAAAUUAAUAGUUUCAUGCAUGUCUUAUCCAUAAGAAUAAUUGUUUUGAACUGUUUUUAUUUGCCCAUUUUCUAUCUUGAGAAAUUCUCAACUUGAAUCAGAUGUUUACCAUUUGCUGUAUACGUGAAGCUAAAACUCUCUAAUGUUAGCUCAAGGCAUCUUUCUUGGUUGCCUCUAUAUCAUCUACCGGUCUGGUGCAUGAUGGUUGAAUUAAAACCCUUCUAUGAUAUUUAUGCAAGUUAUAUAUUAUUACGUAUUAAUCCCUUAAGUUGAUGUACAUGUAUUUGUUUGCUUGUACACUGUGCAGUUUUUUGACAAAAUAGACAUCGGUGAUCCCCGGAUCCCGGAGUUCUGUUCAAAGACAACACUUCCUAGGCCAUCACAAAUCCUUGACGAAUGUUUAAAGAGGUGAGGGCCUUUUGAAUAUAUUGAUGUGUAUCCUUUAUUUUAAUAUGAAGAAAUUACAAUCAACUUUCUCUUAACAGAUGCCUCUAUUUGACAUACAUCCCCCUUAUAAGAACACUUAGAGUCGGUUACUUGAACGAUGUCUAACUUACAGCUGUAGCUCAUAUGGCUUAAGAAAUCUUUGGACCUCCUGAUUUCUUCCUUAGUUAGUGAUUUAAUGAAGAUAAGUGCCUUUCUAGUCUAUGCAAUAUGCUUUCAUGAAGCUGUUCUUUAGAUGUAUGUGUUGGGAAAGAUCAAAAUGUACAAUUAGGUCAUUUUGUUAACACUGUCUAAACUCCGUUUAAAUGACCAGUCCUUUACACUUUUUGGGCAGACACAUAGUUGGCUGUAUAUGCAUCGUCAAGAUUUUUUGUUUGUCCUCAUUCUUGUGUAGAGUCUUUUCAAAAACCCCUUUAUUGAAUAUAAUACAUAAGGAAUGUUAACAUGAUAAAAUAUUGCAAAGGACAUUUACAACCAGACAGCUUCUUACGAAAAAAUAGUAAUGAUAUUGUGCCUCUAACUGUUGACUGCUUGGCUGGCUGUCACAGAUUUUGACAAUCUGCUUGUCUCCCUGCCUACUUGCCUAUCUGUCUGUCUUUCUGCCUCUCUCUUUGUCUGUCUGUCUGCCUGUCUGUUUAUCUGUCUGCCUGCCUGCCUGUCUAUCCAUGUGUCUCUCGUCUGUCCAUCCAUCCAUCUGCCCGCCUGCCUGCCCAUCUGUCUGUCAGCCCACUUGCCUGCCUGUCUUUCCAUGUGUUGGUCUGUCUGUCGUCCAUCCAUCCAUCUGCCCUCCUGGCUGCGUGUUUUUCCGUCCAUCCACCUGUCUGUCGGUCCGUCCGUCUGUCUGUCGGUUCAUCUCUUCCUCUGCAGUCAACUGUUUAACUAUAGUCUGGAACACAACUUAGCCAUCAACAGGUUCCCUGAAUUUGCUCUCUUUUAAUUGCAGAAACCAAGGUGUAUGUCCCUCUUCUAUCAACUUCACAACCGUCUGUGCGCCAGACAGAAGUCUCUCGUAUAAAAUAACCUGUGGCAAACACGAAGCAAUGGUAUAAAACUCUUUCUCUAAUAGGCCAUAUAAUAAUAACUAAUAAUAAUAACUUUAUUUCUAUAGCACUCUUAUCCUAUGUUCAAGGCGCUUUACAGUCAAAGUCAAAGUCUUGACAGUCAUAUCCCCUCUGUCAGUUUUUAGGAUGGAGGAGUGUCAUGUAAGGCUUUUCUGAGAGGAAUGCAUGCACUAGGAAUUUGACAUACCAAACACUCACAAAAAGAAAAUCUGUGCAAAACAGUCUUAGUCUUUUUUUUUAACAAAAGUGCAACCCAGAGGCUUCCAUCAUGAAAGCAAUUGACAAACUAAGGGAGGAGGCGCAGGCAAGGGGGAGGGGUCUGGAGAAAAAUUUUUCCUCUCCUCUCCCCUUCUCCUCCUCUUUUUUGACCCAUCAACCUCUCCCCUUGGAAUUUUUUUUUACUUGCGCCAAUACUCUGACUCUGUCAGUUUCAGCUUCCAAAUUGUUCGCACCACAAAAUACAGGUGCUUUGCAGGCUAAAAAAGUCCAAGGUUUUCAUUUUAUUUUUUGUCUUAUUUCUUAAUGUGUUAGCUGAGUUGUUGACAUAAUUAUCUUUUCAGGGUCCUUGUAAAAACAAGCGACUUGGAAAGCAGUUGGCUGCACAACAAAUUUUAAAGGUACACCGUUGUUUUCUUUGACAUUCCACUCUCCUUUUAUGUGGAGUAGUUGUAGAUAGAAUCUCUUUGCAGAUUAUACCAGUAUUCAUCUUAGGGUGCUUUCCAUUUGUCAGAACUGACCGGUCAGACUGUUUCCGUCGCGAUUAUAAUUUUACUUUAAAUCAAAACUUUCCAGCGGCAUUGGUCAAAUGCUAAAUUUUAUGCACAAAGGAGAUAGUUUUUCAUCUAAACCUUCUGGGAAAAACCUAUUUCUUUAUCAAACUGACUGGUCGGGCAAUGGUCAAGCCGGCCAGUUCUGACAAAUGGAAAGCGCCUUUAGUUUUGAUUCAGAGUUUUCUUUGUUUCCUAACCCCAUUUAUUCAUAGGGAAAUCCUGAUUUAACCUGAGAACAAAUUUUACCUGCAAAAGAUACACAUCUAACUUUUAUAAGUUGACCUGACCAUUUUAUAAGCGCUUUCGUUCCUGACCCUUUCAUAAGAUGGAUCAUUCUCAAAAACAGACACCUAGACAGGGGGUUCAUUAAGGUUUUGAACAGGAGGGCAACUGAGUUUGACACCCGGGCAAAGAAUUGGCAAGGCCCGGAGGGCCUUGCCCUCUAGGGGGGUCUGGGGGGAUGCUCCCCCGGAAAAUUUUGAAAUUCUAUAGUCGUAAGGAUGUGUUUUCCUGCAUUUUGAAGCUGCAGACAAUGACUUUCAACAACCAAAAAAAGAUAACUUUUCUAGACAAUUUAAUCAUGAUUUGAUACCAAUACCCACCACACAAAUUGGACUUUUUGGUUCUCUUUUAAUAGCUCUGCUCAUAAUAAUCUUUACUUAAACUCACCGUCAGCAUCUGAGCCGUAAUCAACUUAUCUUUAAAAUUUCAAUGACUAGACGGGAGGAGCACUGUUUUAACGUGAACGCACCGAAAAUUAAUUCAUUGGCGUAAACCAUAAGACGAACAAAAAUCACGCUUCCCUUCGUUGAACAUGAUGAUUAAGCCAUUCAAUAUAUACAGGCAAGUAAAAGGUUAAAUCACAAAGAAGUCUACUCAUCUCUUGGUCUUUUCUCUACUGGAGGCUCUUUGGUUGAAGCCGAAAAAUAAUACGCUAUCGAACGCGUUCUUUUCUGGGCCGCCAUGCUGACAUGCUCGCAACACUGCUACAUUUCAGGUGGUCGUUUAUGAAGCACAGUUCUUUUCGCAAUGUAUUAUGGGGCGAUUCUUGUUUUUAACACACAAAGAACGAGGGGAUUUCAUGCCGCGUGUAAUAAAGUGGAAAUUACACCGCAAAGUAUGUUUUACACUCGAUAAGACUCAUCAAGAAAUGGGCACGAUUGUAACUUAAAACUGUUUUUGAUCGUUCCCUGUAUUAAAAAGAAGUUCUUUGAGAUGUAAAGCAGCCGGGCAAAGUCGUGUUCACAGCCGGUCAAUUAGCCCGGUGUCCGGCCCUUAAUGAACCCCCUGCCUAGAGUUAAUCCUUACAAAACCUCAUUACUCUCCACGACAGACUCAUACAGUACCAGUGCCAACAGCUUCUGUCUUAAGGUGAUGUUACACAGGACGAUUUGCAACGACGAUUUUUAGUGUAACACAGAGUUGACAUGCUGGAACAAUGUUGUGACCAUUCGAAACAAUGUCGCAACAAUAUUGCAACACUGUGUUACUCUACAAAUCAUUGGUUCGAAUUGUCGCGUGUAAUGUCACCUUUGGAGAGGGUUGGCUGUGUAUACUUUAUGGUGCCACGUUCAACUUUGCGGUCUCUUCUUUACAACCAUCAUCAUCAUCAUUAUCAUCAUUAUCAUCAUCAUCUUUUUACCUUUUAUUUACUAAAAUUAUUGAUGUUUGGUAUUCUUUUGUAGAAGCUUCAUCCACACCUGGAAAAGUGGGGUGCCUUGAUCCGCAUCUAUUGUGACCGACCUACUGGCGCAAUAAAAAAGGUACAUACUGAUUUUUUUUGGGGGGAAAAGGCCUUCUCCCCGUCACCUCCUCUUCUUCUCAUCCCCUGGAGCAAAGGGGCCCUGGGGACGAAAAGGAGAGAAACUUAGGGAUUGAGUUUGGGUAUUUUUUUUUCUGUUGCUUGACUAAGGGCCUGUUCACGUGAAGUUGGGGGAACCCUGAUGAAUGAGGUAACCCGCUUAGGUGGGGCAACCUGCCUGUCCAUAUAAUCUCUCAUUUUAAUUUGAUCACGUUUACAUGAUAGGUUAUAUGGACAGGCGUUUUACUCCACCUGAGUGGGUUACCUCACUUACCUGGGUCCCCUACCUCCAUGUAAACAGGCCCUUAGUGUCACAGAUUUUGAGGUGCAGUAGAUGUGCUUCAAUUUUUCUUCUUCAUUUUUUAGUACAAGAAAGAUGAUGGUGAAUAUAUCAACGAAAAGGAACUGCGUAGAGGCAGUGCUCAACAGAAUCCUAAUUUGCUGGAAUGCCUUAAAGAGGAAAUGAGAAAACUCAAUACAGAGGUUUGUAUGUUUGUUAUGACUUAUCGCUUCUCGUAAAAGAACAAACAGUUUAUGCACACAACUGAACUUCAUCAAAAUAACACAGGAAUCUCACAUCACACCAGAAAUCAUUGUGAAAAUACUUUCAAUUCACAAUAGUAGAGUUAUAUUAUCCCAUUGAUAAACGGAAUACACGAACAAAAAAAGGUGAGGGUGGGAAAUUAAAGAAAACCCAGGAGUGGUAACACUGUAAACUUUCAAUUUCCGAUGAAACUAGUUGCUCACUCAUCCAGUCUGUUGUCUGUAAGUGUUUAUCACAAGCACAACGCAACGUGAAACAACGAAGCGAAAGGGCGCGGAAAGGGCUGAAUGCGACUUCCGAUACUGAAUUUGCUGCUCUGCCAUUGGUCAAGUCGGUUUCUAGAUCUGCGCGCGCAGUCGUCAGUGUGGUGACUUUAUCUUUGCUAAAUCUACCGGCAUGAUAUGGCAAAUGAUGCCAUGACUGACCUAGCCUGCGUAGCAGGCGCUAGGAAAUAAAUGGGCGCAAGAAAGAACGGGCGCGCGGUUCUCGCGCGCGCGCGUUUUUUCUUGCGCCCAUUUAUUUCCUAGGUCCUGCUACGCAGGCUAUAACUGACCACUUUCUCCUUAUAUUGUUUCUCUUUUUUCUUUUGUCUUGCAGAAAAAGAAUGGGCAAACAGAUGCCAGAUAUAACUCUUCAGCGCCUGUUUUUACCGUGGAUAUUUAAAAUUUAGAGGAGAAUUUUAUUCGUUGUAUAAUUUGAUGCCAAUGAAAUCAAUUUUAUUUCUCUGGCAAAGCUAAAACAUACGUAAAAUUAUUUUUUGUGGUAAAACAUUUUUAAAUUUUAAACAGGUCAAAAUAACAUACUAUUUUAUUUAUAUUUCAGCUAAGAACCCCAAAUACAAUAAAAAUUCAACGCUUCAAAAGCGUUUUUAAAAGCAUAAGAAAUAGAGACCUUCGUGUCCUUAAUAACUGGACUUUUCGAUACUAGCCUGUUGCAGACGUUGAGUACAGAUAGUGGGGGCGGCUUGAAGAAAAGUGAGCGGGCAAACACAACAAGGGAUCAACCUCGCCCUGGGGACGAGG